AUGUGCAGUAUGGCCCGAGCGGAAGUUAAAAGGGAAGGUGAUGAUUGUGACAUUCCAAAUGAAGCAGAUGACAUUCGUUUGAUGAGUGAAAGUCGGGUGGAACCUUAUCAUGGUUGCGAAGCUGGUCCGAGCAAUGAAGAAGCAACCAACAUGAACGUUGAAGCUGGCGGAGCUGAUGUGAAAAAAGAAAUGAAAUUUGAUUCGGUCGAAGAUGGAGAAGCUUUCUACAAUGUGUAUGCUAAAGCCAAGGGAUUUAGUAUACGAAAAUUCAGAUUUAACACAAAUAAAGAGGGAAAGGUUGUUUGUAGGCUGUGGUUGUGUUCAAGGGAAGGUCAGAGAUUACCAAUAUACUUGGAUCGUGUUGCUGAGAAGAGUAGAGCUCCCAAGGCACUAACAAGAGUAGGUUUCAAAGCCCAAUUUCGCAUACGGUACGAUACAGAUGCUAGUGAAGGGGGAAAGUAUGUUGUGACUCACUUCGUCGCAGACCACAACCAUGAAUUGGCAGAACAACACUGUGUGAUGUAUCUGAGGUCACAUCGCAGUUUAAACAGCGCUGACAAAGCUCAAGCAAUGGCUAUGCGCAACGUCGGUGUGAGGACUAGCCAAAUCAUGGACUAUAUGGUAAAUCAAUCCGGGUCUUAUGAGAAUGUUGGUUUCGUCCGUACGAAUCUGCAUAACCAUAUUCAAGCCGAACGUAGAGCACAAGUUGAAGAUGGUGAUGCGCAGGAUUCAAAAUCGCAGGCCGACUACGCAAAGUUUGGUGAUGUGUUGAUAUUUGACUCAACUUACAGAACCAAUGCAUACAAGAAGCCUUUUGUCAUGUCGGCUGGUGUGACUAGCCACUUUAGGACCACGAUAUUUGCAUGUGUUUUGCUAGCUAAUGAGACAAUUGAGACAUACACAUGGAUUUUGGAAACAUUUAUGGAGGCGAUGGGCAAUGAAGCACCUGUGUCCGUACUGACAGAUGGGGAUAAGGCGAUGCGAGAGGCAAUUAGAAGAGUAUUUCCAGACGCAAGACAUCGAUUAUGUAAUUGGCAUCUUGGGAAAAAUGCUGUUUCAAAUGUUCACAUAAGUGGCUUUGCACAUGCUUUCAAGCAGUGUAUGGACAUGGAAACGGAUGAGACAAAUUGGCUGUUGGAGACAUAUGAAAAGCGUCAUAUGUGGGCUGAGGCAUAUAUGCAUGGACAUUUCUUUGCUGGGAUGAAGAGCACUCAGUGCUCGGAGUGUAUGAAUGCUUAUUUCAAUCCCUUCCUCCAACACAAAUUGAAGCUAUAUGAAUUUGUUAGGCACUAUGAUCGGGCUCUUGCAAGGAUAAGGUAUAACGAGGCUGGAGAUGAUGCUGAAACAAAUAACACUUUUUUGGUAUUGAUUGCUCCAUUGCGAGAUAUAGAGUGA